AUGAACGAUCAGUUAAUAUCUUCCGAUAGUGAUUCAUUGGUGAAAGGUGAAAUGUUGAAAUCAACUGUAAAAACUAUGUCUACUACUACUACUACUGAUGCUACUACACAUAAAUUAGAUGAUAUUCAUUUAUCUGCUAAUUGUACUAUUCCUAAUAUUCAUCCAACUACAAUUUGUAAUAGUAUUACUAAUAGUAAUAUUAAUAACAACAAUAGUAUUCAGUUAGAUGCCUCUAGUGUUGUUAUCCAUACACUGUCUACAUCCAUUGCUAAAAAUGCGAAUCAAUUAAUGCGCAAUGGAAAAGAUAAUGAUCUACAGAUUGCCAGCUCUUCUUUACCAGCUACACCUGUAGCAGCAUCUUUGUCGUUUUUGCCGCCAAAUGAUUUCACUAUUAUGCCCGCUGUUCAUGAUAGACCAAAGUCGGAGAGUAUUAUUAGAAAGAUUGAGUUAUCCACAUUAGAAAGACAAGCGAUUACUGCUAAUCAAGAUAGCAUUUCUGUUAAUGGUUACCCAUCUAUGUCAUCAACUACAAUUACUACAUAUCCUUCGAAUGUAGUGAGUAGAUCUACGGCAGGAACAACAGAUUUAAUAUGUUCUAAAUCAAACUUUGAGGCAAGUUCUCACACUACUCAUCCUGUCAUUAGUAGUAUCGUUGCCACGUCCACUUCUUCACCUAUUACUAUUACUACUACCACUACCGGUUUGACCAUUAAACCAACAUCAAUAUCAAUGUCCGCUGAUAUUCAUCCAAUUGACGGUGAUGAUUUAGAAGUGGAAUACAUUGAUGACAGUAGUCUUCGAUCAAAUCAAGAAAAAUCGUAUAUUGGCAGAUCAUUACAAUUGAUACCUCAGAGAAAACAAAGCCAACAGAACAAGAAACGUUUGUUCUAUCGAUCCAGUCUCUCACCUUGUUCAGAUAUUCAUCCAUCUGUAACAGCAGCAUCUUCACCGAUAGUAGCCGGUCAUGAGAUACAUAGUAAAGAUGAUCAGAGAAUAGUUAACAAUAUUAUUCCAUCGUCAGCAGCAAUAAUCGAUACAGAACCUAUUCGAAAUAUUGCAUCAGUGGCUUGUUUAACUUCAUUGCAACCUUUAGCAUUGCAACCGCAAUUUAAGAUGGUUUCCAGCAUAGAAUUGAGUGGUAACUUAGUUGAUAAUAAUGCACCAACCAAUGACAACUUCUCCACUGACUCACCAUUUAUUUCAUCAGUUAAAUUGCAUCGACGUGUAACAGCAUCAACAGUUAUUUCAACUGUAAUGACUGAUAGUACAACUGCGCCUACGCCUACUACUACUACUACACUAUCAAAAACAGCUACAUCACCUGCUUUAAUUUCUUCUGUGAUUAUUCCGGUCAAUGCAACAAAUGAAAAAAAAACGCAACAAUCACGUUCAUCUAUGAUUGAAUUAAUUAAUUGUCCUAAUAAAAAUUUGUCCAAUUCAUCAGUAACAUCAAUUUGUCCACCGAUUCCUACUACUACUACUACUACUACUACUGCUACUACAUCAAUACCUCCGCCGCCAUCAUUAACUAAACCACAAGGAAAUAUGGGAGCUUGUUUUUCAUUAGUGUUUGAAGGUUGUCCAUUAAAGAUCAAUUCCACUGCAACAUGGACUAAUCCAGCUAAUAAUGGUCAAGUGAUUCUAUUGGGUACAAACGAUGGUAUAUAUUGUCUACAAUUGAAAGGACUUUCUGAAAAUUCUUUAGAAUUGCUAUUUCCACGUCGUUGUUUAUGGUUAUCUGUUACACGAGAUACUAUGAUGUCAUUAUCUGGUCGUCAUCCACAAUUAUAUGCACAUAAUUUAGUUUCAUUGAUGAAAUUAAAAUCACAAGGUCAUUCAAUGCUUGGCAGUGUUGGUGGUGGGGGUGGCGGUGGUGGGGCUGCAUCGAAAUUUGGGAAAUUUGUUAAACUUUUUCCUAAACGAUUUUCACCAUCGAAAAAAAUGCCCGAUACAAAAGGUUGUCUCUGUGCCAAUGUAACACGUAAUCCAUUCAAUGGUGCUAAAUAUUUAUGCGCGGCUAUGACAAAUGAAAUUUUAAUUAUGGAAUGGUUUAAUCCUGUCUCAUCAUUUAUUGAAAUUAAAAGAAUAUUUGUUCCGGAUAUGCCUUCACCUUUGUUAAAUUUUGAUUUAUUAAUUGUGAAAAAUCUUCCUCUACCAUUGGUUUGCCUUGGUGUCUAUCGACAUCAUUCUCGUAAAGGUCGAGAAGGUCAACGUUUUCGUUUACAUUUGAUUGAUUUAAAUAGUUCCGGACCUAAUCCACCACAGAUGCCUCCAGUCACUUCAUCUAUUCCUCUUCCUAUUUCAAUGUCUUCUAUGAUGACUGCAGUGACAUCAUCUACUACUACUACUACUGUCAAUACUACUACUACUAUUACUACUACUAUUAGUAGUAGUACUGCCGCUGUUACUUCUACUAGCCUAUCUCCAAAUCAUUCCGAUUUACCAGUAGGUUCAUCUAUAUCCUCUACUCAUUCGAAAAAUAUUCGUGAAUUGAAUAAUUCCAUUGAAUUGUCAAAUAGUGAUCAUCAUAAACUGACCAAUACUAAUAAAACACAUUUAAUUCCGAAAUCCGAUCAAACAAAAGCUGAAUUACAACGAAAGAAUACACUAUUUUUACCUGAAGAUAUUCUACCAGUCGUUGAAACUGUACAAUUAGAGCAUAAUACCAUAUUAAUAUGCUUUCUAGACUGUGCCAAAGUUGUCAGUUUAAAUGGUCAAAUUAAAUCUAGUCGUUAUCGUGCCACAACUUUAGAUUUCAAUGGAAUUACAGUUGAAUCUAUUGUUUGCCUUCGUGAUAGUAUUCUUGUAUUUCAUCCACAUGGUUUAUUAGGAAAAAGUUUUACUGGAGAGUAUAUACAAUGCAUAACUACUACUACUACUACUACUACUACUGCUAUACCUAUGAACUCUUCUCUUCUACUUCAUAGAAUUUUAUUUUAA